AUGGAAAGAGGAAGAGGCAGGGGAGGAAUGGUUGGACUGCUGUUGGUGCAGGCGCUUAGCGAAUACUACCGACUGGAGAGAAGGCCGCCCGUCACGGCGGGCCUCAUUGCAGCUAAUACUCUCAUUUACUUGCGCCCCAAAUUCUUGGACCCAAUUCUCCCAACACUCAAUCAAGUCUGGUUCAAUCCCCAUCUCAUUCUCAAGCACAAGGACCUAAAGCGAUUCCUUUUAUCGGCAUUCUACCACAUUGGUGAGCCCCACCUGGUGUACAACAUGUUGUCAUUGUUGUGGAAGGGAAUACAGUUGGAGAGUGCAAUGGGGGGCCUUGAGUACGCAUCAAUGGUUGCAGCCCUAGUCGGUAUGUCUCAGGGGACCACUUUGUUGCUGGCCAAAGGCCUGCUGCUCUUUGACUACAAGAAGUCGUACUACAACGAAUAUUCUGUGGGAUUCUCAGGUGUUCUUUUUGCUAUGAAAGUAGUACUCUAUUCCCAGUCGGAUGACUACACAUACGUGCAAGGGCUUGUUGUCCCAGCACGUUAUGCUGCCUGGGCAGAACUUAUUCUAGUCCAAAUGUUAGUUCCCGGCGUUUCGUUUCUUGGGCACCUUGGAGGAGUGCUUGCUGGGUUGUUGUACGUGUAUCUAAAAGAUUCAUAUUCUGGCGCCAACCCUAUUAUGAAGGUAGUGCGGGGUCUGCUCGGUUGGCCUCCAAGAUUUGUGCGGUGGAUUUUGGGAGCUUCUGUUGGGAGGAGUGAGAGAGGAAGUGGUGUAUGGAGGUGCAGAGUGUGUACUUACGAUAAUGGAGGAUGGUUUAGUGCUUGUGAAAUGUGCGGUACGAGUCGUGAUGGCAGUGGUUCGUCAUCUGCAUUCUCUUAUAGUAGUUCUGAUGAUGAUACUGAAACUAUUUCCUUGGAAGAACUAAGAGAGAGGAGGGUCCAGAGAUUCGGGCGAUGA